AUGGAUCCAGCGUUCAAGACCGGAUGGAAGCUACCCAAGAAGACCCGCAAUGCUAAGAGUGUUUUGCAAGAAGAGCAAAAGCGUGUGGGUUCUCUGCCGCCAGACACACCCACGUAUUUCAGCGUGGAAGGACCGCCUUCGCUUCUUCCUGCUAAGCACUACUGCGACAUCACUGGUCUCCCGGCCCCUUACAAGACUGCUGGCGGUCUGCGAUUUCACAAUAAACAAGUCUACGAGAUUGUAAUGAGUCUCGGUCCAGGUGUCGACCAAGAGUAUCUCAAGCUGCGGAAUGCAAACCUAGUUCUGAAAUGA